AUGCCUCCCAAACGCUCGACUCGCUCACGAUUAAAGGACUAUCUUGCUCGCAAGCAGCCGAAUACUCUCAACAGCCCUAUACUCAUCGACUCUGAGCUGAUGGAGUACGCGACCUUGGAAGCUCGCCUGGCUUCUUUUGCGCCUCCCACGAAGCGAUCGAAAGCAGGAUGGCCUCACAAAUCUCCAUCACCGCAGGACCUGGCCAGAGUUGGAUUUUACUACAAGCCAACAGCAAGCAAAGAUAAUUGUAAAUGCUUCAUGUGUGAUCGCCAGCUCGAUGGAUGGGAGGAGGACGAUGACCCGUUGCACGAACACCUCAAGCAUGGCUCUGACUGCGCGUGGGCAUUGCUCAUGUCUAUCGACCAAGAAACCGCGUUUGACACGUCCGACAUGGAGGACCCGACCUCCGAGCAUAUAGCUGAUGCGCGAAGAUAUACUUUCGAAGCAAUGGGCUGGCCCCAUGAAGGAAAAAAAGGUUGGGUAUGCAAAAUUGAGAAGAUGGUUGAAGCUGGUUGGCAUUUUGCGCCUAAUGUCGAAUGCGAAGAUUACGCCAGCUGCGUUUAUUGCAAGCUCUCCCUAGAUGGAUGGGAGCCGAAAGACAAUCCUUUUGAAGAACAUUAUCGACGAAACCCAGAUUGCCCGUUUUUCUUCUUCGCAGGCACGACCGCGCCUUCCAAGAGAUCCAAGGCGAAGAAGGGAAGAGCUUCCAGAAGUUCGAAGACUUCGAGAAUUUCUACCCAAUCUAACACAACAGUGCUUACGCAAGCUGACGAAAGCACUGGUAUCAUUGAAAUACAUGGUGUUGAUACUACUUUGGAGGACGCUGUCGAGGACACCAUUGCCUCAAUACAAUCAACCAUGUCUACAACUGCUACCAAGACGAAAAGGAAAGCUCCCGUCCGUGCUAAGGCCACGGUAUCGAAGAAGGCCAAAACUACUAGGAGUAAGAAGAAAGAAGAGGAACUGGAGUCGCAGCCUGUUACUCAAGAAGCGCUGCAGGAGAGACAAGAGAUUGCGCAGGAGAAUCCCAAGCCUAAGAGAUCGCGGACCAAGAACAAGCAGCCGACGCCAGAACCUGAACUAGAGAUAGAACCCGAGCCACAACCGACGUACUACGAAGAAGUGACCAUAGAUGAAAAGCCCAGCCGCGGAAAGUCAGAACCCAAGGAACGACGACGGAUAUCGAGAGCCGAGUCAAAACCCGAACCUUCACUUACAGAGAUCGACCCUGCAGACGAACUCGAGCCUGAGCCGGACAUUGUAGCAGAAGAAAAACAGUUUUUACAUGCCGAGCCUCAGCAGCAGGAAGAGGAGCCUUCUUACCCUGUUCUUCCACAAGAGACACCAGAUGAGGACUACCAAGAUGCUGAAGAAGAGCCUCAUGUCAAUGAAGGUGAUGUUGCUACACCACAGCCGGAAACGGGUCCGCCACAUAGGGAAACCACACCCAUCCCAGUCAAACAAAUUAGUCCCCUAAAAGAGGCUACGAACCCACCUCGUUCUGUCGUCCCGCUGGCUCAGGUCGAAGAGUACCAGGAAAGGCGUCGAUCGUCCAGAACGUCGAAACCAUCGCAUCGUGUAUCCAAAGGUAAAGAGGCACAAACGAAGCAGGCGCCAAUGUCACGUUCGCCCUCGCAACCGUCUGACAUGGAAAACCGUCCACCUGGUGCCUUUCCAGAAGAGGUGAGAUCCCCUUUAUCAUCGCCUGGUAUGCCACCACCACAAUGGACGCCUGUGGACAUUGAGACAGUGCUUCGGCAAGACUCCGGCGAGGACAACGGUCUUUUUGAAGGGGCAUUGAACGGAAGUUUGUCGGAAGCUGAAAAGAACAUGACUGUGCAAGAAUGGAUCGAGAAUAUUGCUAGUCAAGCAGAAUCCAAACUCAGUGCUGAAGGCGAGAGAGUCGUCAGCAUUUUUGAAAGGGAAGUUGAUGCGAUGGAAGUCUUCUUGCCGCGAAAACGGCGUAAGAUCGCAGUCGAGGCCAAUAAAGCCGUUCACGUCGCUGUGCAGCAGGACGAGGAACAAAGCAUAGAUGAGAAGUUGGCGAUACUAUCGUCAAUUUUCGAAACAACAUCGCCCGCAACACUACUGGCAGCACUGUUAGAUUGUGACGGCGAGGUCGAAAGAGCGACAGAGCUUCUACUGAACACGAAUUCAUCACUUUCUCAGCAACGAAAGACGUCUACUCACCAAGGCAUUCAAUCGUCACUGAACUUUGCAAAGUCAGCUUCCCAACGCAAUAUUGCCAAUCAAAAUACCUCGGAGAGUGCUCCGAAUACAAGACCGCUGACCAGAAAGGGAAAGACAGUUGUCCUGUACGAACCAAGUGAAAUUGCAAAGUACACCCCAUGCUCCAUCAUCCAUAACUUUCUACCAUCAGAUCUGGCAAACGACCUUCUUCGAGAGCUCUUACCCGAAACAGAAAGCUUCACCUCCGCAACAUUCCGCCUCUUCGACAACGUAGUCAAAAGCCCACAUACCGCCUCGUUCUACGUCGACAACAUUGCAGAAGCGGAAGCACAGAAAUCAGCAUAUCUCUACAAUGGCAGCACUCUUGACGAUGUGCGAGAGAUCAUGCCUGUUAUGCGGCAGGUCAGCAAGCCAGUAGAAGAGGCUAUUAAUGCUGAGAUCGGGAAACGUGUUCGAGACCAUUAUCCUGGUGGAAAGAAGCUGAAAUAUCAGCCGCCGCUGGGACAGUGGAAGCCCAAUGCUGCAUUUGUGAAUUGUUAUGAUGGAGGGAGUCAAAGUGUAGGAUGGCAUACCGAUCAAUUAACGUAUCUCGGUCCUCAUGCUGUUAUUGGCUCUCUGUCGUUGGGUGUGCAGAGAGAGUUUCGUAUUCGGAGAAUCGUGCCAACUCCUGAUACUGACGGACUCAGUCCGGCAGAGGCUGAAAAGCUAAAAGAGGAAGCAGCGGAUCUUCAGGGUCAGAUUUCUCUGCCUCUACCACACAAUAGCCUGUUAGUAAUGCAUGCGGAGAUGCAAGAAGGCUGGAAGCACAGUAUCAGUUCUGUCAGUAUUAGUAAGAGUAUUGUACCACAUCCUAUUGCUCGGAACAAGAGAGUCAAUAUCACGUAUCGCUGGUAUAGGCCGGAGUUCGAGCCGAAGUAUACACCACGAUGUAGGUGCAAAGUCAAGGUAAGGAAGAAGAACGAGAAUGGUAACGAGGUAGAGAUCGAAGAACGUAUUCCGACCGUCUUGAAAAGCGUUAUGAGACGCAAAGAGACACUUGGGAAGUAUGUUUGGAUGUGUCAGACACAAGGACGUGUGGAUAUGGACAUCAUAAACGAGAAGGGCUCUAACCAUGACGGUAAAGGUUGUGGGUAUUUUGAGUGGGCUGAAUUCGAUGAGGAUGGCGUGCCUCUAUCGAGCAAUGGAGGGUCAAAUUGA